AUGACAUCUCAGAUAGACCACGAUAAGGCAACUAUGGUAGCGGACCACCUGGAAAUUCCUGAGAAGGGGUUUUCAGAUCAUGAACAGCCCUCGAAUGGUGAUCUUCAACUCAUCAAUACCACUGGUGAAAUCAGAAGAAUCCCAAUUCCGUCUAGCGACCCGAAUGACCCUCUGAACUACUCCAAGUGGAGAAAAUUGGGUAUCUUAAUCUGCUGCUGCUGGUUCUCCAUCUUCUCGCUUGUCCUUGUUGGUAGUCUGGGACCUAUCCUCGGUGUCUUCAUUGGCCUUUACGCCCCUGCUGGAAAAACUGUCCAAGAGGUCGUCAACCUCACCACCUAUCCUAGCUUGGUCAUGGCAUUUGCAUGUUCUAUUCUUCUGAUCGGAUCUACGUUUGGCGCUGGUGCCAGCAACUCAUACAAUACUCAUAUGGCUUGUCGUAUCCUCCAGGGUGUAGCAGCCGGUGCGACCGAGUCUGUAUUGCCUUUGAUUAUCACCGAUAUGUCCUUCGUAGACGAGCGUGGUCUAUACUUUGGCAUCUACUGGGGCACUCAAAACCUGAUCAAUACCGUCUUCGGCAUCAGCUCUUCCUACCUCGUCGCCGCCACAUCUUGGAGAUACUUCUAUUGGGUCCUCGGUAUCUUUGCUGCUGGUGGUAUAGUGGCUGCCUUGUUCUUGUUGAGUGAAACAAGAUAUACCAGAUCGCCUGCUUCGAUGAAUGGUCAGGUCAUCUUCACUGACGAGUGGGGCGUGACUCAUUUCCUUACCGAUGCCGAAGCUCGUGAACGUGUGGGAGCUGUUCAACAAUCAGACAGUCAAGAACAUCGUCAGAAGACGUAUCUGGAACAUCUCAAUCCUAUCAGUGGUGUUGCGCCUAACGCUCUCCAACUAGGCCUCGGAGCGGAAGUCAAGAUGCUACAAGCCUUGAGUUCUCCAGGUGUCAUCUAUGCCAUUUUGGUGUCCUCGAUUGUGCUUGGUACUGGUAUCGCCAUGUCGCUUGUUUAUGCUUCGAUCCUCACAACCGAAUUCCACUGGUCCGAGAAGUCAGUCGGACUUGUCAAUGUUGGUAUUCUGCCUGCCUCUCUUGCAGCCAUGUUCUACGCUGGCUACAUUGGAGACAAAAUGAAUCUCUGGCUUGCCAAGCGUCGUGACGGCGUACACGUUCCCGAAGACACCCUCAUACAGCUGAUCUUACCAUUCCUUGUCGGCGCCAUUGGAAUUAUUAUAUUCGCUGUCACAGCAAACGAUCCGGAAACCCAUUCUGCUUGGGGCAUUAUCAUGGGAUGGACACUCUACGAAUUUGGCUUCAUCGUCGUGUUGAUCACGACCACCCACUUCGGCUCUGAAGCUUUUCCCAAGAAUCCUGGACCAGCUCUCGUUGUUGUCAUCGGAAGCAAAAACAUCAUCUCCUUUGGCGCGUCUUUCGGUAUCGUGCCCAUGGUCCAUGCUUACAACUACUUGACCGCUUUCAUGAUUUUGUUCGUGCAAAGCGUCGCGACUCGAAGAGCUCGCCAGGCUGGUCGUGUCAUGUCGACCUUUGAACGCGAAAGCAUCCGCAUCACUUUCUAUAAGAACCUCACCAGAUGGAGGACCACGCCCCAAUGCAACCUCGAGGGACAUGACGAUCAGUGUGGUUGUCUAAAACCUUUCAUCAGGAUCGUACCGUUGAAGGAAUGGAUGAAAGAGAAGGACUUUACAUUGGGCAAAUGCAACGGCGAAUUGCUCUUUGACGAGGUUGAUCCUUAUAAGACGCGGCCUCACCCUUCCGCGGAAACCAUUCUCAAGAAGAGUACCCUCGUCUUCAGCUGGUUGGUGAAAGCAGAAUAUGGACGACUCAUUCACAUUUUCCAUCGUGCCAAGUUCGACGAUGACAAGCUUCGAGAUGUUAAGUGUCGCCUGAUCAAGGACACCGAUUUGCAGGAUGAAUAUGAGCAGCAUAUCAGGGAUCACAGGGAUUCUGUCAGUUUCAAGAAGCUGACAAAGGAUUUGGAGGCUUUGAGAUGGGAAUUCUGCCCUUACACUCUCGACGAAGGACUCGACAAUGAAGCUUUCGGCACCAAGCUCAUUAUGCCUUUCUCUGAGCAAUGGGCGGUCACUGGGCAAGGUGCUACAUCGGUCGUAUGUCUUGCCAUUAUCAACAAAGAGUUCGUGUCCGAGNNAAAAUUCGGCGGUCUUUGGGUCACGCCUCAGAGUCCCCAGGUCAUGAUGGAUUGUUGGCGGUCAAACGAAUCAUGGCCGCUGGACGUGAGACAUAUAGCCAAGAAAGAUGGGCUUUCAAAGGAAUUCACAACAAGGGAGCUGUCAAGCGAGAUCUACUCAGAAUGGGAUGAGAUUUGCAAGAUUGCAGCGGCCAUCGAGACCCUUCAUAACUUUGAUUACGAGGGAGCACCAUGGUCAGGGGGCACCUGA